GUCCCGCCCACACGCAUGAAGAAGACAAACAUGGCAGCUUCCACCGUCGGCAACCCGGACCUUUCAGCAUCUAUCGCUGGCAUCUUAAAUGGAAAACACGGCCCUGAACACUUGCUUGUUUUAAAAACAUUAACGUCUUCGCUACGGGACAAGGAGUACAGGGAUGCUGCAGAGGAGGAGGUGUUCUCCAGUCUUUUCAAGGUCUUGUCCCGACUGAAAGAUGAGCUGCAGGCUGCCAGCAGUGGCGAUGAGGAUGUGGAGUCUGACGCCAUGAAUCUGCAGUUAACUGCUGAGUGCUUCAGGGCUCAGAGAAACGCCUGCGUCCAGAGUACUCGCAACCAAAGUCUGCUCAGGGAUCUCGGCUUCAUUAAUGUUUCUCUUAAACUCCUGGACUUCCUCCAGACCAAAAAUGUGGAGAGUAGCGAUGGAAUAUUUGAACCUCUUCGUUGUGGGAUCCAGUUCCUUGGUAACUUAGCAGUUGGAAACCAAACGUGUCAAGAUGAAAUUUGGCAGCUCAGCUUCCCGAAUCUUCUCCUCCAGCUGCUCAGCGCUGAUGAUGAGAAAACGGUGAACUAUGCCUCUAUGGUUCUACACUCAUGUCUGGAUGAAGCCAAGGUGGAAGAAAUGUCUGAGCCACAGAACAUCCAGCUGGCACUCAGGGUGAUGGAGCUCUGUAGGACACAGCCUGAUCUGGACUGGACGGUUCUUAUUGCUACUCAGCAUUUCCUCAAGUCUUCAGCUCUAGUGGAGAGCAUGUACUCAGGGAUGACUCACCAUGAAAGGGUGACUCUAUUAGAGCUGCUCUUUGCCCAGCUGAGAGAGGAGGACUCAGACGACUGUGGCGUCCCUCCCAGCGUGGCUCGCUUUCUGGCUGGGUCCUUCCAGAAAGGUUGUGGAGCCGUACUGACACUCGCAACUGGCUCCGCUUCCAGUGAUGAGGUCCUGCAGGAGGCGCUGACUGUGAUUAGUCUGCUGGAUGUGCUGUGUGAGAUGACCUCAGACCUCAAGCAGUUCAUGUUCCUACAGGACCAUCCAGAUCUGCUGGUGACCACUGUCGAGCUCCUGAAGCAGGUUCAUGCUAUCGGGAAGGCGAGUAAGAACAUCUUCAGUUCUGCUCAAAACUUCUCGUCCUUAAGUGGAGAUGGAGACUCUUCCCCCGAAUCUCCUGUCAUCAGCUUCAAGGCCCACCUCGUCAGGCUGAUAGGAAACCUCUGUCACAGCAACCCCAACAACCAGAACAAGGUGAGAGAACUUGAAGGCAUCCCCCUCAUAUUGGACAACUGCAACAUCGACAGCAACAACCCAUUCAUCAGCCAGUGGGCGAUCUUUGCCAUCAGGAACCUCCUAGAACACAACGUGGCAAACCAGGAGCUGGUUGCCGCCCUGGAACGCCGUGGCACCACUGACUACUCUGCGCUCAAGGAGCUGGGUUUCCUGGUGGAGAAGCGAGAUGGAAGCUUGCUGCUCAAACCCGUGAGGAAGGACUCUUAGAUUAGAGGAGCAGCGAGGAGGGAGGAGGUCCUCAACCCGCAAGCAGGUUCUCAUGUGAAGUAUUUAUUUAGAGAGGAAUAAUGUACAUGUGCGUGAGCAUGUAGUCAUGCUACAAGCUUCAAUCAUUUUCAUUUCAACUGAAGUUUCAUUUGCAGGUCUUUACACCUGUGCACUAAUAACAUAUGACUUGUGCCUGUUCAUUAUGAGUGACAGCCACACUGCCGAUAUAUCAAGCAAAAAAGUCCUUUUCAAUUAGUUAUUUUUAUCAGAGAAGUAUAUAGAGCUUACUUUUCUACCUCAGUAAUGCUUGCACUAAUGCUAAGAUUGGGCGUACGGUAUUCUUAAUACACAAAAGGCCCUUGGGGUCCCCCUGGUAUACAAGCAGGGGCUAUUGUUUAGUCCUGACCUGAGUCUGGGAAAUGAAGAGGUUGGAAAGGCGAGCACAUGCUGGUACCUUUUGGCAAGACUGCUGCAUAGUGGUUUAAUCCAAAGACAAAGAGCACCACAGUGUCUGUGGCUUUUCACUUUUCACAGACACUGGUGUUACCAGCAGGGGCUGGGGUUUUAAUCCCAGGCCCACAUUGACUUCUGCAGUAACCCCGAAACAGAGAAUGACCAAAACAUGAUGUAAUCAACCCCCUCACCGCCUUUCCUACUUAAAUGGUGGUGUCUUUGCCAGAGGAACAAAGGCUGUUUCCCCUCAUUCAAAGGUUUAAAAUAUCUGCUUAUCUAAGCGGCAAAUAAUAUCAUCAUCAUCAUCUAGGAUACGUGAGUGAAAAAUGCAAUACUACCGAUUACUGAUGCUAUGCACGUGCUGUGAUAUGAAAACAAUGCUCAGUUUACAGUGAGAGCUUGACACUGUUCCUCUACUUGCUUUUACAAUUCUUGUACUGAAGUUUAUCACAGUACUGAAAAUAGUUUAGUGAAUUUAACAUUUUUCCUCAUCUUAUUCUUAAUCGUCUAUUUCUAUUGUACUAAACUGCACUAUAGAUAAAUGGGUCAACAGGGCUAAUAACAUACAUUAUCCAUCAAUAACAGUCUUAAAAGUCGUGACGCUGAGUACAUGUUUUAUAUCUCGUCUGCUCAGUGCUUCAGCGAAAGCUUGAUACGAGUACAACCAAACCACGUAGACUUUCUUAGAGCUUUCUAAAAUACGAUACUUCCUAUUUAGCUGUAGUUUAUAGUUUUUGUACCAAUUCUUUGAAAGAAA